AAGGCGAAAAAAUCUUUGAACGGGUGUUCGAUAUCAAUCGCGUUGGAAACCAGCCAUUAUUUUGCGCUGCGAGUGUUAUUGUUCGUGAAAUUAAUUUAAGUGCGUCUUUAACUUCUUCCCAGUGCGAUAUCUAAUUGCGAGUACAUUUUACGGGCAUUAUUUUCGGCGACCAGCUUGUUUAAAAAUUGAACAUCAGGUCAGCUCUGAACAUACGAAUUACCAGCAGAUAAUAGAAUCAUUCUACUGCUGAUAAUGGAUUCUAACCGGAGCUAGUGAAUACUGUACGUUCCCUGGACGCGGAUCUAGUUUGAGUGUUGUGCGUAGCUUUAGUUUUCGGGCAUUAGAUGGUGUUUCCGGUACGGGACAACAUCUGCCGGAGCAAAUAGCGAAAUUCCGAUGACAGACGAACCGCUAGUCAUUUUGGAUUUCGAAGAAACCAACACGAAACCAAAUUCAUCUGCCACUACGACACCAGUAACAGCUGCUGCUGUGCAACGAGAUAGGGUAAAUUCUGCCCAACCGUAUCAGAUCAGUUCACAAAGGUCACUGUCGAACGGAGUUUUGCUCGGUGGAACGGCAAGAGCUGCACCAACUCAAUCUCGUUCUAAUAACGCUGCAGAGAAAAGCAAGACCAGACAACAUGAAAUAAAAAUCGAUCUGUCAUCGGAAAUCGGAAAGCACAGUGUGAUUUCAUUGUCGACCCCUUCCACCGCGGAGGAACAAGCGGAGGCGGGUUCUGUGUUUAUUCUUCCGGAAGUGCACUUUGAAGGCAUUACACUGGAUUCCGGAAUUGACCGCGAGUCACAGCCGUUGCUGGGCGGUCGAGAACAUGAGAUUACGUACAACCAAUUCCCAGAUGACCCCCAUUUCAGUGACCUGGUGUACUCAGCAGAGAUCGCCAUCGAUGCCGGUAUCUAUCCGGAGCGAAUCUACCAGGGAAGCAGUGGUUCCUACUUUGUCAAAAAUCCCGCAAACAAAGUAGUGGCUGUUUUCAAACCGAAGGAUGAAGAACCGUACGGAAGGCUGAACCCAAAAUGGACGAAAUGGAUGCACAAGCUGUGCUGUCCGUGCUGCUUCGGGCGGGCGUGUCUUAUACCUAAUCAAGGCUAUUUGUCUGAAGCAGGAGCGAGCUUAGUAGAUCAAAAGCUGAAUCUAAACAUUGUGCCGAAAACUCGCGUUGUUCGGUUAGUGUCGGAAACGUUCAACUACCCUCGCCUCGACCGCCAAAAGGCACGAAUAAAGAAAACGAUCAAAGAACGAAUACCGGCGGCCCGUUUCAAUCGGAUGAGCCUGCCUCCAAAAACCGGCUCCUUCCAACUAUUCGUGGACGGUUACAAAGACGCCGAUUACUGGUUGCGAAGGUUUGAGCAAGAACCACUCCCGACGCGGUUGGCACAGAAAUUCCAACUCCAGUUCGAACGACUGGUGGUAUUGGAUUACAUCAUUCGGAACACGGACCGAGGCAAUGAUAAUUGGCUUAUCAAAUACGAACAACCCACGAUAGUGUCACCCAGUAAUGGUAGUACGCCGAAUGGAAUACCACGCAGUAACAGUCGGUUGGAAAUGCACGAAAACACUGAUUGGAAUCUGGUACAACUGCCGGAGAUAAGGAUCGCAGCGAUUGAUAACGGGCUGGCGUUCCCCUUCAAGCAUCCCGAUUCGUGGCGUGCUUAUCCAUAUCAUUGGGCAUGGCUUCCUCAGGCCAAGGUUCCCUUCAGUCAGGACAUCAAGGAUCUUAUACUGCCUUCACUAUCCGAUCUGAACUUUGUCGAGGAACUGUGCAACGAGCUGUUCGAGCUGUUCAAGCAGGACAAGGGCUUCGACCGGGGUCUUUUCGAGCGGCAAAUGUCUGUGAUGCGCGGUCAGAUUCUGAAUCUGACGCAAGCUUUGAAGGAUGGCAAGAGUCCGGUGCAGCUGGUACAGAUGCCCGCUGUUAUUGUUGAAAGAUCAAAAGUAAAUCCUGGCUCGGCUAGGUUUUUCUCAUUCCAACAGCGCUUCCAAAACAAAAGUCCUUUCUUUUCCUGGUGUUAAAAGUUGGCAUCAUUCGCGCAGCAACGACUCUGGAAACAUAGGAAUGGACUGAUGUAUGCGUAAGUACCAAAUGCACCGACAGUAAAGUUGUUGACCGUAAACGGAAUUGUGUACUGUGGAUGUAGGGAGCGUUUAAGUUGAUGCUAACAUAUUCUAGUGACUCGACCUGUUUGUAUGUAAUCGAGGAAAGAAUUGUUAUGAAAUUCACAGUGUAUGUAUUUAUCAAUAAAGAAUAAUUAUAGUGUUAAAUAAUGUAAAAUGAGACAUCCGGAAAAGAAAUACAGUCGUGGUUUUGUAAGAGCCAUACAUCACAAUGUUUGUUUUAAUUGUUCAAAUUAAUCAAACCAGUAUGUUUAUUAAAUAUAUCAAAUUAGUUUCCUGUGAGAGUACGCAACAAUCUUAUGAGUAGGACGUUGUCCGUUUUGGUUCUGUUCAGCGGUUGGAUGUACCAAAUGCGUUGAAAAUUUCCCUAUUCCUAUUUUUGUAUAUAGUAAGAACAACUAAAAUGGUUUUUGGUUAUCAAAAUAACAACAAACCUCGUUAGCGGAACUCAAUUUGGUUAUGCAUCACAAUCUUUCUGCAAAACUCAUAUAAGUAGCGAAUCUAAAAAAUACAAUGCUAGUCUAUAAUAUAGAAAGAAACGAGUCUUCAGGUUUUUCCAAUCUGAAAAAUAAGUGCUCAGAUAUCGUCAACAGCACUCGCGAACAUACUAGAUUAAACUGGUAGGUCCAAAACAUUUUAGAGAAGUUGAUCAAAGUUUUCACAGAAUUGCAAAAAAAACUAUAAAAAAGAGACAUCUUUUAGAUAGGAUUCAUAACCGAAAGGCAAACAAAUGUUAUGGAAUGAGUUCUUGAGUAAAUAUGACCAUAUGUGAAUGAAUGAAACAAGAAAAUUAUAUACAUAAUCCGAAACCUGGUUAAACAUUAUAUACCUACUUACAUACAUAGAUGGUUUAAGUUUAAUCAAUCAUCACUCACAGUGCAGUCCUCAAUAAGCCAACUACAUUAUACAACCUACAAUCAGUUAGUUUCGGUGAACACUUUAAUAUGAUAGUCCAUCAAAUACAUUAUAGAGGAUUUA